CCAGACUCUCCAGGGCCUGGCUGUGCGCGGUCGGUUCCGGGUCCGGUGACUCGCGUGACUAGCGUCGCCGCCGGGUGCGCGGAGGAAGGAUCUGCCCUGACGGCCUGGGGGAAGGUUCCACGGCCGCAGUGCCCAUGGCGGGCGAGGGGUUCGGGCACCCGGGGACGUCGGCCGCCACCACGGCGCCCGAGACCCGCGAGCACCUCUUUAAGGUGCUGGUCAUCGGGGAGCUCGGGGUGGGCAAGACCAGCAUCAUCAAACGCUAUGUGCACCAGCUCUUCUCCCAGCACUACCGGGCCACCAUCGGCGUGGACUUCGCCCUCAAGGUCCUCAACUGGGACAGCAGGACGCUCGUGCGCCUGCAGCUGUGGGACAUCGCGGGGCAGGAGCGGUUUGGCAACAUGACCCGAGUAUACUACAAGGAAGCUCUUGGAGCAUUUGUCGUCUUCGACAUCUCAAGAAGUUCUACAUUUGAGGCGGUCUUAAAAUGGAAAAGUGAUCUGGAUAGUAAAGUCCAUCUUCCCAAUGGCAGCCCCAUUCCUGUUGUCCUCCUGGCUAACAAAUGUGACCAGAAGAAGGAUGGCGGCCAAAGUCCUUCCCAGAUGGACCAGUUCUGUAAAGAGCAUGGCUUCACGGGAUGGUUUGAAACCUCUGCCAAGGAUAAUAUAAACAUCGACGAGGCUACCCGGUUCCUAGUGGAAAACAUCCUUGCGAACCAGCAAAGCUUUCCCAUCGAAGAAAACGACAUGGACAAAAUUAAACUGACCGAUGAGCCCCUGACAACAAAGCCCAAGGCUCAGUGCUGCUGAUGAGUCUCUGCACCCCUGUGCUGUCUCCUCGGUCCUGCCUGUGGCUGAGGAUGCUCAUGAGGCCAUUGUCCCCUGUGAGUCUCCCUCAGGCCUGCUUCAUCUUUAUUCAGCUGCACAAGAACCACACGUGUGAAGCCGGAGAUCCAUGGAGAACUGUUCCCACUAGAGGCCCUGUGAUUUACCAGGUGAAUCCUGGGCUCUUUUUGUGCUGCCCAAUGCAGACUAAUGUUUACACCCUUUGAGACAUUUUUGUACACGAAUUUCAAGUGUUAGCUUUUAGUGUAAAUGCUGGAGUAGUAGAAAAACUUCCCUCACGGUAUUCCUGACAUUUUGAGUGUCUUUGUUCCUGUGUUCAUCCUCACCCAACCACGAUCCUUUUCUUUUUUAGGCUGUUAGCUACAAAGACGUGAAGGUCCCCAUGUAGUUAUUUCCUAGUCAAAAUUUUGUACUUUGUGUAAAAUUUUUAUUAUUAAAUAUCAUGAGUCUAAGCUGGGCCAGGAUGUGGUGGCACAUGCCUUUAAUCCCAGUACUGGGGAGGCAGAGGUAGGCUGAUCUCUGAGUUCGAGGCCAACCUGGUCUACAAAGCAAAUUCCAGGACAGCUAGGACUGUUACACAGAGAAACUCUGUCUUGAAAAACAACAAACAAACAAACAAACACAAAAACAAAAAACAAAAACAAAUGUGAUUCUAAUACUCAUAGCUGGGGUAUAAUGAAGUUCUGAAACAUCUUAAGAUUCACUUCCUCCAUUAAUCAAAAAGUACUAAGCUGGGGAUGUGGCAAAUGAUACAUUGCUUGCCUAGAAUGCUAUAAACCCUAGGUCUGCAGUACAUGGGGGUCAGGGGAGUGCUUGCACACACCUGUACUACAGGUGUCCCCCUCUGGAUCCUCUAGGUGUAGAUGCCACUACCACUUGGAAACAAUAUAAAUGAGCAUUCCUUCUCUGCCCUCUAUUCUGUGUUACAGCCUAGAGCUACUCUAAAUGGAAUUUGUCUUUCCAGGUUUGUCAUGGUAACGGUCAGGGGGAGAAUUUUUUUCCAAAGCAUAUGCAAUUAUAUCCAAGUUUCUCGAGUAUGAACCCUGAAAGAAAAUAAACCAUGUAUUGUUUGCUCCGUGGUUUUGGACACUGAUUGUGUAGUGCCUAGGACACUUUAUGCAGAGCUACAAUAUUUGUGUUGCACUCAACAGAGUGAAAGCAGAGAAUAAAUAUUUUAACCUAAGCUUAUGAGUCGAAUGAAUGUAGUUCUAGGAAGGUACUUCUGGUUUAGAAAAUGUUGUGUUUGACGGGGGUGUUGGCCCACAUCUGUAAUCCUAUCAUGUAGGAGACAGAGGCAAAUGGGUAGAAGUUCAAAGCAUAUGUUGACUACAGAGCAAGCUCAAGGGACUUGCGCGCACGUGUGUGUGUGUGUGUGUGUGUGUGUGUGUGUGUGUGUGUGUGUGUGCCUAGUGCUUGUGGAUUCCAUAGAAUUCCAUAGAACUGGAGUUAUGGAUGGUUGUGAACCACGAUAUUGAUGAUGGGAGCCAAACCCACAUCCUCUGCAAGAGCAACAAGUGCUUUUAAUUACUGAACCACCACUCCAGCACCUUGAUUUUUAUUUUUAAGGGGAUUAUCACAUUAUGCAAAAAGUUCAAUGUCUUUAAAGAAAUUUAAGGAGCCUCUGUGUCAGAGCCUAAAGCUAAAACAAAUGAAAUACUGGACAUACUUGUCUCCUGGACCAUGUGAACAUGGUGGGUGAACAUGCAGUCACUAAUAGCAAGGAAAACACAGAAGCGCUAUUGUUCUGGCAUCUGUAUCCUGAGAAUAAAGGAGUCACAUGCUCUGUUUUCACCAACUCAAGCCUUACCUAAGUGUGGCUAUCUGCUGUAUAUAUGAGUAAAGGAAUCAUUUUAACCCUUUGGACAUAUAUUCAUAGUCAGGUUUUCUGAAGUGAAGGAAAUAUCAGGGUUUGAUUAAUGUAUAUAAUUUAAUAUAAUCCCUAUGAUUUUGUCAUGGAUUAAAUCUCACUGUCUAAGAAAUGCAUAUCAUCCAAAUGUAAAAUACAACUUUUUAAUGUCUCUGAUAUUUCACAGCCUGUGAAGAAUGAAUGAGCUGUUGCUAUCAAGCCCCAAAUGCAGGAAACAUCAAGUCUAUCCUUAAAUAAUUACUGAAAGUGACUACAGUCACUUGGAAUUUUUGGUGUGCGACACAAUUUUAAUUUUUACAAGUAAUCUAUCACAUUUAAGUUCAUUUAGCAGUGAUCUCAAAAUGAGAAGUAUUAUACUCAAUUUGUUCAUCUUUAUAGUGUUGGUUAAUUUACAGUAUUUGUUCAUGACAGUUCCUGACAAAACUGAUUUCUGUUGGUCAAGUGAAACAGUAUAUAGUUUGAUUGUUCACAUUUCAAAGAAAGAGUUGUUAAUCUUUUGCCCUAAUCUUAAACUCCUUAAUGUUUUGUAACUUUGGCAUAAAACUUCAAUUGAGGGUAAAUUAUUUAAAAAGGAAUAGAUGAAAAAAAAAAGAAUUCCUUGUUCCCUCAGUCACUUUAAAAAUCAGUUAUACAUUUAAACGAAUACCCUAGCUCAGACACUAGUGUAAAGCAACCAAUUAAAAGAUGGUGUCUUUUUAUCCCCCAUUGGUCUUAGACAUCAAGAUGUUGCCAAUUUUCCUGUCUGCUCUGUGUGGGUCCUUAAACCCCACAUUUCUAAAAGUGAUUGCUGUGGAACUGUGGCUUUCCAAUGUGUAGUUUCAUUUUACUCAAUAUGUCUACAAAGCACUGAAUUCCUUAAUGAAAUUUCCCAAGCCUCACUUCAGACUUGCAUGGUUUCUUGGAAAUACACUUUUGUCGAAAUCCAAUAUCUAUUUUGAGACCUCCUAUGCUAAUUAGAAUACCAAAAAUUACUGAAUUUGAAAUCUAUAGUAUGCUCAAAACACUAUUAAAAGAAAACACUGUUUCUGUGUGCAAAUUAUUGUUAGUAUAAAGCCUAUGCACUUUGGACAAUGGACUAAAAAUAUGAAUUUGCCUUCACCCACUGAAGUCAAUAGACACUUAAGGUUCUUGCUACCCCUGAUUAGCCAUUUAGUCUACAUCAUAGUUCUCUCUCGCUUCCUCCCAAAAUUAUGUAAUAUUGAAAAUUAGCUUAAAUAUGAGAAAAAGAAACCAAACUAUACAAACUGUAGGACUGCCCAAGGGGAAAUAUGCUGAGAAAAUCCUUAAGCACUCUCAAGUGCUGAGAGCCAAAAUGGUGAAAACAUACAUUUGACUGCACAAGAAUACAAAUAAAGACAAUAUAGAUAGAAUGCUAACAAGCAACAAACAAAAUAUUUACAACCUAUUUGGUUAGGUAGGGAUUAAAAAGCAGGAUAAUCCUCAAUAAUGAAUAAAGAUGGUCAAAGAAUGCAAAAACCACCAUGUGUAUAUGUGUUGUGCAUGUGCACACUGAUGAACCCACGUGUAUUCAUGGGAAGAAUCCGGAGCAGAGCAUCGGGUGUCCUGUACCAUUCUCUGCCUUACCUCCUUGAUGCAGGGUUUCUCACUGAAGCUAAAGCUCUAAAUGUUUUUUGGCUAUGCCACGCUUUUACCUAGGGUGAGAUUCCCAGGUCCUGACGUUAACUUUUGCUCUCCACACGCAGCACACACAUGUCUAUGUGCACCUGCAUGUACAUGUGUACACUUACACAUGUAAACACGCAUAUACCCACACAUGGACGUUAUAUACACAGCACAAGUUAAUAACCAGGAAACACAGUAAUUGGUUAUCAGAUUAAUAAAAAGUGUGUAACUUAGGUUACAUGUUUUUGGUUAUUUUCUUAAUGUUGGGGUCAUAGAAGAAAAAAGGUAAACCUUAGCAGUUUCACUCCAUUUAUUUGACUAGAUACUGCCAAGUUUCCUUUCCAACUGCUGCUCAGUUUACACACCAAGUUCAUAUCCUGCCAAGAAGUGAAAUACUUGUUGUUAGGGGAAGUAUAAUUAAAAAUAGGAAACUUUUUAAAAUAAGUAUAUCAAAAAUGAAAUGCACAUUUCAAACAAUCCAUCAGAAACUGAAAAAAAAAACAAAA